ACAGCCGCUGUUUCCUUUCCGGACCACAAUCUUGGCCGGACCGCGAGCAGGAAGCGGCCGGCUCUGUCCAUCCGGGUUUUGUUGGGUUACCAUGGUGGAGGGAGCCGGGGAGUUGGAGGUGUUUCGUCGCCGUUGGAGAGCGGAAUUGGCUCGGAGCCGGAGGAGCCCCAGCGAUGCCUGCCCAGGGCGGAAGAGGCGUCGGCCGCAGCUAGAGGCCGAAGGAGCAGCUCCAGAACCCGUGCAGGGCUGGGGAGGCUUUGGGGGGAUCCCUUGUGGAGACCCGGCCGCCGAGCCUUGCAUGCGCGUCUGUAGCCCCAGCGCUGUGGCCUCGGAGCCGCAUCCUACGCCUGGCCCCGACUGCGCCAGUGAGAUACCCGGAGGAGGGAAGGAAGACUUUCUGGGGCAGCUCAUCCAAGACUUGAAUGAAAUAAAUGAAGUUCCCUUCUUUGAUAUUCAGCUACCUUAUGAAUUGGCAUUAAAAAUCUUUCGGUUCCUUGGUAAGACGGAGCUGGGGAGGUGUGCUCAGGUGAGCCGAGCCUGGAAAAUACUUGCAGAAGACCAAGUCCUUUGGUUUCGGUUGUGCCAACAGGAAGGCUACAUGCCUGACCAUCGGAUCUCUGACUCUCCUUGCUGGAAAGCAACUCUCCAAGAAUGCCGUGAGAAGGAGCAGGCUUUAAGAACCAACUGGAAGAACCGCAUUGGCGCUGUGAGCCAGCUGCAGUACGAACUUGGGAAAGUUCUGUGUGAUGUACAUUCCUGCGACGGAGUGGCUAUUGCUGGGUACACAUCGGGGGAUGUGAAGUUGUGGGACACACGCACCUGGGACUACACAGCCCCAGUCCUAGAACCAGCUCAUGAUUUGGCUGAGCCUGGACCUCGGCCACACGCCUCCUUUGUGAGGAUAAACAGCUCGCUGGCAAUGGCAGCUUAUGAGGAUGGAGUGGUCAAGGUGUGGAGCCUGAUGAUCGGUCGGGAGCCCAUCCAUCAUUACCAGCACAAUCAGAAAAUACAAGCCGUGGCCCUAUCCCCCGAGGGGGCAACUGUAGCAACAGCAUCCGCCUUCCAGGUCAAAGUGGAAAGUGCUAACGACAAGGGUUACUGGGAGACAGUUGCAGACUUUGAAAUCCAGAAACUGGUCAACUCACUUCACCUGGUCCCCAAAGUUACCCGCUGUCCUGUAGCAGUAGCUGCUGUGGAUGAGGCUGUUUACCUUCUGAAGGCAGGAGAGCCCACAAAAAUUCUGCAUUCUGUCUAUGGGCAGCCCAUCACAUGCCUGGAUGUCUCAGCCAAUGAAGUGGCAUUUGGAGUUAAAGGCUUCAGCUGGCUGAUCAACGAGACCAACAAGGUCCUCCUCUACAACCUGGAAACUGGGCGUUGCAUCACACAACUGGGCAGCUCCUUAGGCGAUUUCUCCUGCGUCAAUCUCCAGGACAGCCCUCCUUGCAUGUUGGUCGCUGGAAAUAAGGACAGGAGGGUAAGGGUGUACGACCUCCGCAGAAGCAACCCUGUCUGCUCCCUCUACGGCCACCAGCUCGGCAUAUCUGCUGUGCAGAUGGAUGACUGGAAGGUUGUUAGUGGAGGAGAGGAUGGCCUGGUUUGCGUGUGGGACCAGCGGAUGGGCACCAAACUCUGGGAAAUGCAUGCCAGGCACCCUGUCCGCCACAUCUGGUUCAACAGCCAUAGUCUCAUCACUGCCAAUAUUCCCAACGAGAAGACACCCCGUGGGGCCAGCAUCAUGGACGAUGACUUGACGGCUCACCGCAGACAUCGAGGAAUCAUCUACGCCUACGAGUUCUCUGUGGAUCAGCUAGCUGCAGAGAGCGUCCUUCCUAUCUGCCGCUCCUCUUACAGCGAAACAACCGGUUACAACUACAACAUUGGCCUGGCUGUCCCCUAUGACAACAUCUAAGUAGCAGUUUACCUUCCAUCCAUAGGAAAAGUUGUGCUGCAGGUUCAGAAGCUGGUUCAGAAGCUUGGAGACAAGAGGAAGGGGGGCCACGGAGGAGGCACUGAAGCCUCCUGAAAUGUAAGGAAGAGGCCAACGGAGAAGAACGGACAGGAAUCAGCCUUAGCCACCAGCCAGGCAGAGUCCGGAGCUGGCCCACUGGAAUCCAAAAAGAGGUGCUGUCCCUAGGCAAGGAAGAGCAGUGGUCAUAUUGGCAGGGAGGCUGGCCCUUUUGUACUGGGCCAGGAGACUGGGGAAAAUCUGUGGAUUGACUAUGUAUCUAGUGAAGAGAAGGGAGCUGUACCAUGAUCUGGCUAGACCACUGUCAUCAGAUCUCGGAAGCUAUGCAGGGUCAGCCGUAGUCAAAAUUUGGAUGGAAGUCUACCAGGGUUGUGACACAGAGGGGGCAAACUGCCAAACAACAGGGCUGGAACUACAGGCAGCAGCAGGGGUGGAGAGGCACAAAGGAAAGAGCCCUGCAAAAUGAGGGGGAAGUACCUGUCUCCUGAGAACAGAAGAAACAGAGAUGUUUUGCAAAAACCCUUAAGAGCAAGUCUUGCCAAGGUGGACAUGGAAGAAAUAUGUGGAAAAUGGACUUUUUUUUCCCUGAACAUAUUUUAAAUGAAAACAUCCUUGUUGUAUAAGAAAGCAUCCUUUAAUAAAGCAUCAGUUGCACUCCAGGAA